AUGAGGAGACAAAAACCUUUUACUCUUAGAAGAAGAACAAAUAAGUCAAAGAAAGAAAAUUAUUUCUUUGAUAAUCAGACAAACAGGUAUUAUAGAGAGUGUGACAGAGAUGAAUUAAAAAUACCCAUACAAAAUUCAUUGAUUAGUGUCUUAUUAAAUCCUUUAAGAACAGAAAAUUUUUCUUCUACAAGACAAAUGGUUGAAGCAGUAACUUUUGGUCACUUCAAUGUAUUUAAAAAACAAUCCAAUGGAUAUCCGUUAUUUGUUUUCCAAACAAAUAUGCAUCUUAAUGUAUUAACUCGUUCAACAUUUGAAAUUUAUAAUAUCAAGUAUGACCAAAUUGAAUCAUUACAGUCAGUUGAAUUACCAGGGGAGGUAUUACAUUAUUCAUUUUCACAUCAACUCCCUCAUUUAUCAUUAAAUAAUAGUGAAUUUGUUUUAGUUACAUUAUCUAAUUUUGAACAAAGAAUUAUUAAAUAUCAAAAUGGAACUCCGUCUUUUCAAGUAAAAACAGAUCAGAAAAUAUAUUCUAUUGGUUUAUGUCCUGAUGAUGUGAUUAUUGGUUCAUUGCAUUUAAUUAGUUUUUUACAUUCAUCACAAAGAAUACCAAUUAAAGGAAAAGUAAAUUGUAUUCAAUACCCUUACUUUUCAACCUUAAAAGGAGAUUUAUAUCACAUAGACUCUUUAAAUAUUUUUCAUUGUACUUUAUUGUAUCAUUUCCCAAAUGAUAUUCUUUCUUUUGUUUUACAAGAUGAUUUUCUUUUAGUUGAAUAUCUUAACAAAGAAAUUUCUCUCUUUGAUUUAAAAACAAAUACCCUUCUUCCACUUUGUCUUCCAUUUAAACCAUUAUUCUUUUUUAAUAGAGAAAACUAUCUUGUUCUUUUAAAUGAAAAAGAAAUUGCAUUAGGUCUUUUUGACAAAGAAGGGGUAUUGGAUUGGAUAUCUCAGGAGUCAGGGGAGUUUAUAAAUUCAAUUCCAUUUAUAGUGUUUGAUGAGUCUCAUCUCCCCAAAGUACUUCUUUUAAAUCAUAAAGAAUUAAAAUUGUCAUUGUAA